CGAUUUCUUGGCAAUCGCGAAUUCAUGAUUAAUUUCUAAAGUGGGGACAUUAUCGAGUGUGUUGAUUUAUGUGCUUGAACCGAACCGAGAAAUAUCACCGGUAAUACCGGAACUCCUCUUUAAAGGCUGCCCGUAACAAAUUCGCCAUGUCAUACUUGCAAAAUGGCCCCACGAGACGUCCUGCAAGCGAUAAUUUUGACGUUGCCUGCAAGGUGAUGUUGCUCGGAGAUUCCGGUGUGGGUAAAACAUGCGUCCUUGUGAGGUUCAAAGAUGGUGCUUUUUUAUCAGGCUCGUUUAUUUCUACUGUUGGAAUCGACUACAAGAAUAAAAUCGUCGACGUGGAAGGAACUAAAGUUAAACUGCAGAUAUGGGACACUGCUGGACAAGAGAGGUUUCGUAGCAUAACUCAUGCUUAUUACAGAGACUCCCAAGCUCUUUUGUUGCUUUAUGAUGUCACAAGUGAAAGUUCCUUUGAGAAUAUUAGGGCAUGGCUGGCUGAGAUCUAUGAGUAUGCCUCAUCAGAUGUAAUAAUAAUGUUGUUAGGGAACAAGGCUGAUCUGAACAAGGAGAGAGUUGUUAGCAGGGAACAAGGGGAAAAACUUGCCAAGGACCAUAAUGUAGCAUUUAUGGAAACAAGUGCAAAGAGUGGACUGAAUGUUGACUUAGCAUUCAUGGCUGUCGCCAGAGACAUGAAACACAGAAAUCUCAAGAGGCCGUCUGAACCAAAGUUCAACAUUGAGCAGUAUGUAGAGUCACAAAGAGAAAAACCUGGUUGCUGUUCUUGACACUGGAAACAAGGAUCUUGGGUUAAAAAGUUGAAUCAAGUGUAAUUAAAAGUAAUCCAUUAGAAUAAAACUAUCUUUGAAAUCAUAGCAAAAGUAAUGUUUGAUAUAAUGACAUGUGGUGUUAAAUGUUAAAAAAAGUUUAAGGACUAGCACCAAAUUUUAGCAUUUCUGGAAUGGUAAACAGGGUUGCGUAUGCUAGAAGUGCCUUAUAGCAUUUCUUUUUUUGAAUUUUUAGUUCUCAUUACCAUAGUCUGUUGUGAUAUUAAUAAUACUGGAAACUGGGUAAAUUUCUGAGGAGUUUUCUCCCCUAUUUAUUGAUAGUUGUUAAUUUUGUUUACCACAGAUGGAAUUGUCCUUUUUAGUGGCAAAAUAAGUAGGGCUAGAGUAGUGAAAGUAAGGAAAUAUUUUUACUAUCAGUAGUGUCAAAUGGCUUGUUGUAACAGUACAACUAAGUUAUGUGUAUCUUUUUUAUUUAUAUUGGUUCCUGAAAUUUUUGUGAACAUUCAACGAAGGUUAUAUUGAAUGAGAAAUUCCACCCAUGUGGGAGAGUUGAAGUAAGUAAAUGAAGAUCCCUUGGAAACAUUUAGUAAAUGGUGCAUAAGCUAUAUAACUUUAUAAAAUUGUGAGAUGUUAAUAGUGGUAAGUAAUGAAUGUCAACCCCCCACUUUUACAGCACUCUUGGUUGAAAAAUCUCAGUGUGCAGUUUCAAAUGUGUCACUGGAAUUUCACAGGGUCUGGGGUUUUCUAAACCAAAAUUUAUAUAUUCUCUUAUGUAAUACAUGUUUACCUGUUAGGACUUUCCAUAAAAAAAAAGAAACAGAGGAAGAGUCCUUACUGGAAUAUACCUUAGCUACAUUGUAGAUGUAAAGAAUAAUAUUUUCCCUCUUUCCUGGGGUCACAAUGUAGUGUCUGGGAGGAAUCACAAUUUCUACUUUAAAAUUUUUAAGUUGGUACUCCUCCCAGACAAUUCAAGGUUUAGGGAGUUGAGUGACUCUGGACUGUAUAAGAAUCAGGCUUAAUGGCUUGAUUUCAUAACAUCUCAAUACUUUUGAAGUGUAAAUGUUUCAUAAUGUAGGUGAAGCACCUGAUUAAGUACUUGAGGAAACAAUCAUAUCAGUAUGUGAAAUUUAAAUGCAUUGAGGUAAUGCUGUGCCUUUCAAGAUAAAUGCAAUUUGUUAACUGAAAAUAUUUUUCAAAGAUGAAAUUCAAUUUUGUAGAACUUGUCUCUUCAUCAAGUGACUGAUGUAAUGAAUUAGAAAUAACUAGGAAUAUAAUAAAUGUCAUUUUAAAAUGUGAAA